AUGGACCUGCUCAAGGCAGAGAUCGCCGCCAAGCGCAAGGCGGCAGGAGGAAUCUCCUCGGCUUCGACGUCGGCGGCCUCUGCACCUGCACAGAACAAGUACAUGCGACGAGGCGAUCUCGACAAGCUCCGCGAAGAGCACCAGCGAUCUGCCUCACCAAGCUCAUCCUCCUCAUCGCCCUCUUCAACCAGGCCUGCGGCCACUCGAUCUUCACCGCCGGCGAACAAGCGCUUGAAAGCGACACACACUGAUGACGUGUCGCGCUCUGCAUCUCCCUCGGCAUCCAACACACUGAGCGCCGCCACCAAGGCUGCGCUCGACACCGCUGCAGGCGAGGUGGAGCGCGAAAAGUUCAAUGUGUCCAACGAUGAAGCCGUGCGUCGGCUGCGCGCCAAGGGCGAGCCCAUCCGUCUGUUUGGCGAGUCGGACAAGGAGCGUCGGCUGCGACUGCGUGCGCUCGAGCUCAUCGAAGAAAAGGGCGGCGGCGUGCUGGGCCAGAACGACUUUCGCAAUGCUCUCCAGAGCGCCGAAAGCGCCACAGCACUCGAGCUGCUCGAGAAGCGUAACGCGGCAAACAAGGGCAAGACGGAGCAGGCGCGUCUCGACUCUCUGCGGCCAGACGCAGCCACAGAUGCCACAGACGGUGAUGGAGCAACUCCAUUGCGCGCAUCGCCCGAUGCGGAAAGCUCCAAGCCGACGGUGCGCGAAGGAGUGGGCAUGAACAGCGUGCUUGACCUCGGCCUGAUCAAGACCGACAUCGACCGCGUAUAUCCGAUCAUCUACUACACGCUCAAGGGGCUAUUGCAGGAGUGGGCGGACUCGCUCGCCGCACGCCCGGACGAGGUCAAGCACACGAUGCAGGGCAAGCUUGCCGCGGCCACGCAGGUGCAGUCGGCCGACUACCUCAAGCCGCUCUUCAAGAAGCUGCGUCGGCGUGCGCUCACUCCGGACGUGCUCAUGCGCAUCGCCGAGAUCGUCCACUACGUCCAGAAGCGCGAGUACCGCCAUGCCAACGACUCGUACCUCCAGCUCUCCAUCGGCAAUGCACCCUGGCCCAUCGGCGUCACCAUGGUCGGCAUCCACGAGAGGUCCGGUCGUGAGAAGAUCUUCAGCAGCAACGUCGCGCAUGUGCUCAACGACGAGGUCUCGCGCAAGUACAUCCAGAGCCUCAAGCGGCUCAUGACAUUUGCACAGUCCAAGUAUCCGCCAGAAGACAUCAGCAUGAUGAUGGGGUAG